AAAAGUUUCAUAGCUGGUGGACUAUGGAGCUUCUUGUGAAUGUAAGAAAAUGGAUAGAAGAAAACAAAACUGCCUUUGUGCCACCUGUUUGCAAUAAGCUUAUGCAUCGCUAUCAGUUAAAUGUGAUGUUUGUUGGAGGGCCAAAUGAAAGGAAGGAUUAUCAUAUUGAAGAAGGAGAAGAGCUUUUUUACCAGAUUCAAGGAGAUAUGUGUUUGAAAAUAAUUGAAAAUGGGAAACACAAAGACGUUGUCAUCCGAGAAGGGGAGAUGUUCCUGCUACCUGCCAGGAUACCUCAUUCUCCUCAGAGAUACAAAAGCACUGUGGGUCUUGUGAUUGAGAGGGAAAGAUUAAAAACAGAAAUGGAUGGGCUAAGAUACUAUGUUGGAGAAUCAACUGAUGUCCUCUUUGAAAAAUGGUUUCACUGUGAAGAUCUUGGCACUCAGCUUAGGCCAAUAAUUCAAGAGUUUUUCAAUUCAAGGCAAUAUAAAACUGGAAAACCAAACCCAGAUGAACUCCUGAAAGAAACACCCUUCCCACUGAAUUCCACGUCUGUAAUGGAGCCAUUUUCCUUCUCAAGCUGGUUAAAUGAUCAUCGUGGUGAAAUAAAACAGAAAAAAUCCUUGAGUAUGUUUGGAGAUAACUUUGAAACAGAGGCUAUAGCUUAUGGACCAGGAACAACUGAGAAAAGUAAAAAGAAUUCAGAUAUCUGGAUAUGGCAGCUGGAGGGCACAUCAAGUGUUGCCAUGGAUGGUAAAACCCUGACUCUCUCUGCUGGUGACAGCCUGCUUGUCCGUGCCCAGUCUGUGUACUGCUGGAAAAGAGCAGAAGACUGUGUUGCUCUCAGCAUUGCUCAGGAUCCAAAACGCAAGCAGCCUUAUAAAUAACUCCUGUGUCACUUGGCUUUCUGGAUAACCAAGUUUUAACCU